UUCUAGCGCCAAGAUUUCAAUAAAAAGUGCGAGUGGACAACAUAAUCCGCUUCAGUCUCUGCUCUUCGUCUGUCUUUGUUCGUUGCUUUAGCUUCCUCUCUCUGUUUUAGGCCAACUUUUAAUUUAAGUUAACUUAUCUUCUUAUUUUUCUGUCCGUUUGAACACCAGGAAGUAAAAUGCUUUCUACUCGCAGUCCUCUCUCCGUGAAGAAUGAAAACCCAGUCAGCAGUGCGAUGGACAACAUGUCGCUGAACAAAGAAAACACGCCACCGAGCCUGAACACGACCCGCAUCUUGGCGUCUAAAACCGCGCGAAAAAUCUUCGAUGACGCUGCGCCCAAAGCCGUGAAGAACAGCAGCGAGGAAGAGGAGCCGCUGCUGAAGGAAAACCCUCGUCGCUUCGUCAUCUUCCCCAUCCAGUACCACAACAUCUGGCAGAUGUACAAGAAGGCCGAGGCAUCUUUCUGGACCGCAGAGGAGGAAGUGGUGUUCCUGGUGCUGGUCUGGUGGCAGCUGUUGAUCCUCUCUGUGCUUCCUCUAGGUGAGCGCGUGGUAGCCUUCGCCGCCGUAGAGGGAAUCUUCUUCUCCGGUUCCUUCGCCGCCAUCUUCUGGCUGAAGAAGAGAGGCCUGAUGCCCGGCCUGACCUUCUCCAACGAGCUCAUCAGCAGAGACGAGGGUCUGCACUGUGACUUUGCCUGUCUCAUGUUCAAACACCUGGUGAACAAACCGUCUGCAGAAACCGUCACCAAGAUCAUCAGGAACGCCGUGGAGAUCGAGCAGGAGUUCCUGACGGAGGCUCUGCCGGUGAAGCUGAUCGGGAUGAACUGCGAGCUGAUGAAGCAGUACAUCGAGUUCGUAGCCGACAGACUGAUGCUGGAGCUCGGCUUCAACAAGAUCUACCGGGCGGAGAACCCCUUCGACUUCAUGGAGAACAUCUCUCUGGAGGGAAAGACCAACUUCUUUGAGAAGCGAGUGGGCGAGUACCAGAGGAUGGGCGUGAUGUCGGGCUCCACAGACAACACCUUCAGGCUGGACGCUGACUUCUGAGACGGGGGUGGAGCAACGCUCGCUCAGCCGCACAUUCAAACAACGAGACGGCGCUUAAAACGAACUCUCAACAGGAGUAGAAAGUUAUCGGACUCUUCCAAGCGGAAUCACUCCGUGCUACAUGUACAAAAGGUGUUUUUUAUCUCAGGUGUUUGAAUUAUUAUGAACUGAGUUUUGAGCCAAUCAGAGUGCAGACAGAAGCCCAGGCUUUUGGUUGCUCAGACCUGUGU